CCCGGCCAACGUGUUAUUGACAGAGUUAGAAAUCCACGGUGUGGGCUCGAUGUAUAUAUACUUAUACACACCAGUCGUCUCGGCUGUAUUUCAAGUAGUACUGAAGAGGACGGGCAGAAUAUAAGAACGUAUACGGUGUACUGAGCUUAGAGCUGACACAGGCAACAAUCGAUAAACAAAAUGGGACAAUAUAUUAGUAUGCUGCCAUGGCUAAGGAAGGAAGUGAAAGUUCUCAUGCAUGGGCUUGAUAAUGCAGGAAAAACGUCACUGUUACACCGAAUAACGUCAGAAGGCCUUCAGCCAACACGACAUACCCUCUGUGAAUCCAAAUGGACACUACUCUACAAGAACAUCAACGUGACCCUGAUUGACUUUGAGCAAAGACGUCGUGUGUAUAGACGCCGGUUCUACUACACACACCCAGAUGUCGUCCUGUUCAUGGUGGACAGCGACGACCGGGCACGCAUACAGGAGGCUCAGGAGGAGCUGAGGCUUACCGCAAAUUAUGAAGACCACAAGGACAUUCCUUUCCUCGUCCUUGCCAACAAACAGGAUCGACGGGACGCCAUGACAGUAACAGAGGUUGCCGAGGCACUGGACUUCCAGAACAUACUCAAGACACACCGGGCCAACAUUAUAGGCUGCAGUGUUGUCUCCAGGCAGGGCCUUAAGGACGCCAUGGAUUGGCUGAUCCAGGACUUCCGGAGUCCGUGUGAAGGCUCGAAUACUUCCCCACACAACAAAGAGACCGACGCAGUCACAGUCAGGAAACGGGGAGCUUGGUCCAUCUUUACCUACAUGGCAGGAAUAUUUGGAUAUUUUAAAAAUUCCUCCCAAAAUUUGAAUGAAUUUAAAUGAUCUGAAGACCCAUACGCAAAUGAAAAUAUUGAUUUGACUGUUUGUCCAUUGUGUCAUCCCCACAAUUCCUUUUCGUAUUCGCCUUAAUCAAUCUGUUGGAUCCGAAUCCCCAGUGACAGCAAGGUGUUCGUGUGAUGCACCAAACAUGUAUGUACUACAUGUAAUGGGAUCUUUCUUGUUUAAUGACCUAUAUCAAGAUCAAAGGGUCUAUAGUAAAGAUUUGGUUCGGGAAACACAGUGUAUGUGUAUGAAGAAAGUAUUUCACACUUCACUUGAAUGAUCCCAUACUAUGACUUGCAUCAGCUGGACAGUGCCUCUGUAACUAACCAGGAGACUUGUCAGAUUAUCCAGACUAUAUCCGUGACAACCUGGCCACAUAAUCCAGUGGGAGGAGGAUGAGUGAGUGAGUGAAUUUAGUUUUACACCGCACUCGGCAA